GUGAUGGUGAAGUGGUGGAACAAGUCAUUGGGCAGCAAACAAAUGACCAAGAUGAGAGUAUCCUGGAUGGAAUGAUCAGAGAACUGCAAAGGGAGCAAGAUCUGAGACUGAUUAAUGAAGGAGAAACUCCUCCAAACCCUCCACUCAACAGAUCCCACUCUGUUAAUGGAGCCCUGCGGAGCCAAGGCCUGGACGUGGCGUCGCCGCCCAACGUGGGGCUGCGGCGCAGUGGGCAGAUCGAGGGCGUGCGGCAGAUGCACCACAACGCGCCCAGGAGCCAGAUGGCCACCGAGAGGGACCUCAUGGCCUGGAGCAGGAGGGUGGUGGUCAAUGAGCUCCCUCUGGGCAUCAGCAAGGUCCAGGAAGAAUGUCGAGCUGCCAAAGGUGAAAUAGAAAUCAGUUUAUACACUGUUGAAAAGAAGAGGAAGCCAUCCCAUACCUUGCAACGGAGCGAUCACCCAGCGGGUGUGGGCCGCGCGCUGCGGCGGAACCAGCGCCGGCGGCAGCACACGUACCACACGCGCUCCACCAUCGAGCACAGCCAGCAGGGAGCCAGCCACCAGCCCUGUGCCCGGGAGGAAUCCGACAGCUCCUCAGAGGAAGAUGAGACUGUUGGCACCAGUGAUGCCUCUAUGGAUGAUCCUGUGGCAGCAUGGCAAAGUGAAAGCAGUUCCAGUGAUUCAUCCAGUGAAUAUUCUGACUGGACAGCAGAUGCUGGGAUCAAUCUGCAGCCUCCCAAGAGACAAACCAGGCAGGCAGCUCGGAAAAUCUGUAGUAGUUCUGAAGAUGAAAACAUGAAGGGAACUAAAGGUUUGGAGCCAAAGCGAAGGAAGCUGAAACAGCCUAGGAAAAAGAAACCAAGUGGGCUGCUGUCCAUGGAAGGGGAGCCCAGUGAGGAAUGGCUUGCUCCUCAGUGGAUCCUGGACACCAUCCCUCGCCGCUCGCCCUUCGUCCCUCAGAUGGGAGAUGAGAUCAUCUACUUCAGGCAAGGCCAUGAAGCUUAUGUGAGAGCAGUGAGGAAAGCAAAAAUUUACAGUAUUAACAUGCAAAAGCAACCAUGGAACAAAAUGGAACUCAGGGAACAAGAAUUUGUGAAGACUGUAGGAAUUAAAUAUGAAGUUGGGCCUCCUACACUCUGCUGCUUGAAGCUUGCAUUCCUGGAUCCCAUCACAGGCAAAAUGACAGGAGAAUCCUUUUCCAUAAAGUACCAUGACAUGCCAGAUGUUAUUGACUUCCUUGUGCUGCAUCAGUUUUAUAAUGAAGCCAAAGAAAGGAACUGGCAAAUAGGGGAUAGAUUUCGCAGUAUAAUAGAUGAUGCUUGGUGGUUUGGAACUGUGGAGAGCCAACAACCUUUCCAGGCAGAAUAUCCUGAUAGUUCCUUCCAGUGCUACUCUGUUCACUGGGACAAUAAUGAAAGGGAGAGGAUGAGUCCGUGGGACAUGGAACCAAUCCCAGAAGGAACUGCGUACCCCGAGGAGGUCGGGGCUGGAGUCCCUGUGACUCCAGAGGAGCUGACAGCUCUUCUCUACAAACCCCAGGAAGGAGAAUGGGGAGCCCAUUCCAGAGAUGAAGAAUGUGAGCGAGUUAUCCAAGGAAUUGAGCAACUUCUUUCCCUUGACAUUUCUAAUCCCUUUGCUGUUCCAGUGGACCUUAGUGCCUAUCCCAUGUAUUGCACUGUCGUUGCUUAUCCAACUGACCUCACCACCAUCAGGAGGAGACUUGAGAACAGGUUUUAUAGGAGAAUCUCUGCCCUGAUGUGGGAGGUUCGAUACAUUGAGCACAAUGCCAGGACCUUCAACGAGCCAGACAGUCCCAUAGUCAAAGCAGCCAAGAUUGUCACCGAUGUCUUACUGCGCUUCAUUGGAGAUCAGAGCUGUACUGACAUACUAGAAAUCUAUAACAAGGUGAAAGCAGAAGACCUGAGCAGUACUGAUGAGGAGGAGGAGGUGGCAGAAGUAGAUGUGGAUUCAGACGCUCCUGGAACUUCCUCUGGGAAAAGACGAGUCAGACGCCGAGUGAAGAGACAGCCCAUGAAGGCAAGCCCUGAUGCUUGGAAGGAGCAGUGCAAGCAGCUGUUGAACCUCAUUUAUGAACGAGAGGACUCAGAGCCUUUCAGACAGCCUGUGGAUCUCUUCUCCUAUCCUGAUUAUAGAGACAUUGUAGACACUCCUAUGGACUUCAGCACUGUGAAAGAAACCUUGGAAGCAGGAAACUACACCAGUCCCUUGGAAUUCUACAAGGAUAUUCGCUUAAUCUUCUGCAAUUCUAAAGCUUACACUCCUAACAAAAAGUCUCGAAUUUACAGCAUGACGCUUCGACUCUCUGCCUUAUUUGAAAACCACAUGAAGAAUAUCAUCUCUGAGUACAAGUCAGCAAUGCAAUGCCAGAGGAGGAGAAGGUCACGGUACCGAAAACGGCUGAGGAGCAGCAGCAGUUCCCCCUCAACUAGCAGAGCAUCCAGGUAA